AUGAAUGGAAAUUUAGCGAUUUGGACGGAGCCGAGAAUAAAUCUCCGAAACAUUAAAUCAAACGUCAAGUAUGUGGCGUUAUCGGCUUACAAUCGAACCCUUAAUAAAUAUUUAGGGUCCAUUGAUAAAUUUAUUUUACCGGCUUCGAUAACUUUUGACGUGGAAACCGAAAUCGUAGACAAAUGCGACGGUGAAGAAUAUACGAUUCUCGUCCCUGCGGUUGGCUCCAAAGAGAUAGAAUUCGACAAAGCUAUUCGAGUGUUUAAACUAGACAUGAUGGAAGUCGGAGCUAUUUUUAUAACGGUUAAAUCACCGUCACAUGCUCUACUCGUAAGUAUUAUUUCGCUUGUAUAUAGAACAAAUUGUGUUAUUUUUUGUUGUUAUCAACUGAAUACAGAUAUCCUGGACGAGGAAUCGUAGGCCUGAUUCCGAACUAAUGAGUGACGAACAGUACGUGACAAAAAUACCAUCGGGUAUAGAAGAAUAUAAAGUCGCAUUUCGAACGCACAAAGACUAUCAAGAAGAAAUGCAUUAUAUUGGUAUAUUUGCAGAUACGACGGUAAGACAAGUAUAGAAACGAUUGAUGUUAUUUGAUUUUUCGUUUUAUUUUUGUCGUCGUAGGUCAGCAAUAAUAAUAAUUUAUCGAACCAAUGGUACGAAGUAAAAUUUAAGAUGAUUAUGAUUGGUACGCGAUGCGUGCAUUGGAAAAAGGCCGGUUGGUCAUCGGAAGGAAUGGAUAUUGGUCUCAAUAGUUCCACUCACGGGAAUACGGUACAUUGUUUUACCCAACACUUGUCAUUGUUUAGCAGCAUGAUUUUUGUCCUGCCCAACCUACCAGAUCCGGUCGACGAUAUCCAUUUAUUUUCCAACAUUGCUGACAAUAUGGUUUGCUUGGUGUUGGUAAUGGUGAUUUUCAUAAUAUUUAUAAUUAUGCUAUAUUGGGCAUACAUCCAAGAUAACAAAGAUAUAUUAAAGGUGAGAACGUAAUAAUAUGAAAAAAUACAGGUGUAUCGAUAAAUUACCAUCGUCCACAUUUUCAGAGCCGCGUGACGAUUCUUGCUGACAAUUAUGUGGGUGAAGACGAAGUAUAUUUAGUGACUGUGUACACGGGACAUGGUUUUGGAUCCGGAACUACGGCUAAUGUAUGCAUCAAAUUAAACGGAUCUAUUCGUAAUAGUAGAGUGAGUACCGCUUAUGAAUUAUAUGACUAUUGUAAGAUAUCGUGA